GUGGUAUUUUGUACUGCACCCACCAGGAGCAUACACGGCCGCUGCAGAAACAGCUCGGUCUCUUCUGCCCUGUCACCACCGGGACCGGCUGUCCUCAGAGGCAGUGCUCACCGCAGUAAACCCUAACACGUGAAGACCAACCGACAGCGGCCAAAAUGGUGAACUUCACCGUGGACCAGAUCCGAGCGAUCAUGGACAAAAAGUCCAACAUCAGGAACAUGUCUGUGAUUGCUCACGUGGAUCAUGGCAAAUCCACUCUCACCGACUCUCUGGUGUCGAAGGCUGGAAUCAUUGCCUCGGCCCGAGCUGGAGAGACGCGCUUCACAGACACUAGAAAAGACGAGCAAGAGCGCUGCAUCACCAUCAAGUCCACGGCUAUUUCUAUGUACUAUGAACUUGGGGACAAUGACAUGGCAUUUAUCAAACAGAGUAAAGAUGGAAAUGGCUUCUUAAUUAACCUGAUUGAUUCCCCGGGCCAUGUGGACUUCUCCUCUGAGGUGACAGCAGCUCUCAGAGUCACUGAUGGAGCCUUGGUGGUGGUGGACUGUGUCUCAGGCGUGUGUGUGCAGACAGAAACGGUCCUGCGCCAGGCCAUAGCUGAGCGCAUCAAACCAGUUCUGAUGAUGAACAAGAUGGACCGGGCCUUGUUAGAGCUCCAGCUUGAGCCAGAUGAACUCUAUUCAACAUUUCAGAGAAUUGUAGAGAAUGUAAACGUCAUUAUCUCUACCUAUGGAGAGGAUGAGGGAGGACCCAUGGGAAGCAUCAUGAUUGACCCAGUUAUUGGAACAGUUGGUUUUGGCUCUGGACUGCACGGCUGGGCCUUCACCCUGAAGCAGUUUGCUGAGAUGUAUGUGGCAAAAUUUGCUUCUAAAGGUGCUUCUAAAAUGAGCCCUGCAGACAGGUGCAAGAAGGUGGAGGACAUGAUGAAGAAACUGUGGGGAGACAAAUACUUUGAUCCAAGUACUGGAAAAUUUAGCAAAACUGCCACAGGUCCUAAUGGACAGAAAUAUCCACGUACCUUCUGCCAACUGGUGCUUGACCCUAUUUUUAAGGUAUUUGAUGCCAUCAUGAAUUUCAAAAAAGAGGAAACAGCCAAACUAAUUGAUAAGUUAGAUGUCAAACUUGAUGCUGAGGACAAGGAGAAAGAAGGGAAGCCUCUACUAAAAGCUGUAAUGCGGCGCUGGCUUCCAGCAGGUGAAGCUCUCCUACAGAUGAUCACUAUUCACUUGCCCUCUCCAGUGACGGCUCAGAAGUACCGUUGUGAACUGCUCUAUGAAGGCCCAGGGGAUGAUGAGGCUGCCAUGGGUAUCAAAAACUGUGAUCCCAAGGCUCCUCUGAUGAUGUACAUUUCCAAAAUGGUUCCCACCAGUGACAAGGGGCGCUUUUACGCCUUUGGCCGAGUGUUUUCUGGCAUUGUGUCCACAGGCCAAAAGGUGCGCAUCAUGGGGCCCAACUUCAGCCCAGGCAAGAAGGAGGACCUUUAUCUUAAACCAAUUCAGAGGACAAUUCUCAUGAUGGGUCGCUAUGUAGAGCCAAUUGAGGAUGUCCCAUGUGGUAACAUUGUAGGUCUUGUGGGAGUAGACCAGUUCCUGGUUAAGACUGGGACAAUAACCACAUACGAACAGGCCCACAACAUGCGAGUUAUGAAGUUCAGUGUAAGUCCUGUGGUCAGAGUGGCAGUAGAGGCCAAAAACCCAGCGGAUCUGCCUAAACUGGUGGAGGGGCUGAAGCGCCUGGCCAAGUCUGACCCAAUGGUGCAGUGUAUUAUUGAAGAAUCUGGGGAGCACAUCAUCGCUGGAGCAGGAGAGCUGCACCUGGAGAUUUGCCUGAAGGACCUGGAGGAGGAUCAUGCCUGCAUUCCACUGAAGAAAUCAGAUCCAGUUGUAUCUUAUAGAGAAACUGUAAGUGAAGAAUCGGAUCAACUGUGCUUAUCAAAGUCCCCAAACAAGCACAACCGACUCUUCAUGAAAGCUCGCCCCUUCCCAGACGGCUUGGCUGAGGACAUUGAGAAAGGUGACGUCUCAGCCCGCCAGGAGCUCAAGACCCGCGCGCGUUACCUUGCCGACAAGUACGAGUGGGAUGUGACAGAAGCCAGAAAGAUCUGGUGCUUUGGUCCAGAUGGAAGCGGGCCCAACCUGCUCAUAGACGUGACAAAGGGUGUUCAGUACCUCAAUGAAAUUAAGGACAGUGUGGUAGCUGGUUUUCAGUGGGCGACAAAAGAGGGAGCUCUGUGUGAGGAGAAUAUGCGAGCCAUUCGUUUUGACAUUCAUGAUGUGACACUACAUGCAGAUGCUAUCCAUCGUGGAGGUGGACAGAUCAUUCCCACUGCUCGCAGGGUUUUGUAUGCCUGUCAGCUCACUGCACAACCCAGAAUCAUGGAGCCUGUUUACCUGGUGGAGAUACAGUGUCCAGAGCAAGUGGUUGGCGGCAUUUAUGGUGUGUUGAACAGGAAACGAGGCCAUGUAUUUGAAGAAUCCCAAGUGAUGGGCACCCCCAUGUUUGUGGUUAAAGCUUACCUGCCCGUCAAUGAAUCCUUUGGCUUCACUGCAGACCUGCGCAGUAACACUGGUGGACAGGCCUUCCCUCAGUGUGUGUUUGACCACUGGCAGAUCCUCCAGGGAGACCCCAACGAUCCUGCAACCAGACCCUCACAGGUUGUCAAUGAAAUCAGGAAGCGUAAAGGUCUCAAAGAGGGUAUUCCUGCUCUUGACAAUUACUUGGACAAAUUGUAAUCACUGUUCCCAGAUAAAAUGCCAAAUCUAUCUGUAAACCCUAUCCCAUGGGCACUUUUUUGCACAAGCCUAAGAAUACAUCGCACACAUUCUUUUGACUUGUUAGAAACAGAUAUAGAAUUGUUAGAUGGUUAAUUUCAUGGCUACAGUACACUAAGUGCCUAGGGCCAGGGUUUUGCAGGAUUGGAGUAGAACAUUGUAUUAUCGCUUUCCUAAUUCAUUCUCUCUGAAUCAUUGGCCAGAUUGGGCCUGUAAAGUGCACUGUGACAUAGCUGCAAUAUUUCUCAUUAAUAAAAUGUCAUGUACAAAAAACAUUCAAUCACAAUCUGGAGUACACAUUAUUACAACUGAACUGCACUUUUGUUUUGUGUAUGUAACAAAUAAACACAUCAAACCAAA